GCUGUCGAUGGGCUGAAAGAAGUGCAGAUGGUAGCGGAGCCAUGGAUUGAAGGCUUGGAUCUGCAGGUUUAUCGAACGCGUUGCUUGUACCUCUUUUGGUGCGCUGACUGGUUAGUUUGCUAUACGAUGAAACCUGUAACGGGAGCUUUCAUGAUCAUGGAUGCGGACACGGCUAUAGCAGAUGCGCGGGAUAUCGGAAGAGAGGUGCAUCGGAUGGCGAUAGUGUUCCUGCGCAACUGGAUGGCUUGGGGUCUGUUCGUAGAAGGCUUGCCACAACGAGGCUUCUUCGUCCGGCGGCCGUAAGAACAGC